CGGCGAAUGAAGGGAAAUGUGAACCCAACCAGCAACUGUCGAACGCGGGACUUUCCCAGACUAAAAAGCUAAACAUUCGGGAUCAUGUUGUACCCCGCUUUGACGGUGUUUGGUGUCAGCCUGUUCUUGCUCGCUAAUGCGGUUGCGGACGCAAGUUUUGGUUCAUGGACGAAUUCAGCCCCUAAUCUACGAAUGGAAUGGACCCCAAUUCCUGUAAACGUCCACGUCGACGCGAUAUCAGAUUCCAACACAACACUGGAUACCUACGACCUUUUAUUUUUGGGAAUGAAUCAAGUAGGCAAAGAAAACAGCACCAUCGCAGGGAGUUUGCAGCUGGCUAGGAUUAACGCCAAGUACGAUGGCGCCAUCGACCGUCUCCUGGAAGAAGCGACAAACUUCACAAUCGGGGACAAGACCGCCAUCAUGACCUACAAUACCGCCUCGGGCCAGAAGCCACAAACGCUAAUAAUUAUUCAUGUAGGAGCUACGGCAGCCGACGCUCGUAAAGUCGGUACGGAUCUGGCACGAACGAUACAGGGCGGAAAAAAGGCAAAAUCCUGUGCUAUCCUGCUACCUAACCAAAAGUCGACACGGGAAGCCUCGGCUUAUGUCACAGAAAUGACGACUGCAUUGUGGGUGGGGCUGUACAAGGACAAGCGUUUCAAGUCUAUCAAGGACGAUACUGACGACGCCGGAAACGUGAACACGAUUGACCUGAUUGUCCCGGAUGGCAACUACGAUAGGGAGACGAUCCGAAACGCCAUUGCGAAUGGCCGCACACACAGUGCGGCAGUGUACCUCAGCAAGGAUAUUGUCAACGCACCGCACAAUGUGCUAAAUUCCGUAUCAUUGGUCGACACCGCCCAACGAUUGAACAAAAUGUACAAACGAACGUUGCGCUGUCAAAUUCUGGACCAAGAAGAAUGUCAACGAAGGGGAAUGGGCGCCUAUUUGGGCGUAGCUCGCGGGUCCGAAACACCCGCCCAAUUCAUUCACAUAACGUACCGUCCCCCAAAAAGCACCUACUGGAGCAAAUCGGCGCCUAAGCUUCGCCGUCUGGGUAUCAUCGGAAAAGGUCUGCUGUUCGAUACGGGUGGGUACAACAUCAAGACCUCCAUGAUGGAACUGAUGAAAUUUGAUUGUGGUGGUGCCGCAGCGGUGUUGGGUGCCGUCCGGGCGAUUGCCGAACUCGAGCCACGAGGCGUCGAAGUCCACUUUGUGAUCGCCGCGUGUGAGAAUAUGAUCAACGAACGAGCGAUGGUGCCGGGAGACAUUUUGACCGCUUCCAACGGCAAGACGAUCGAAGUCGUCAACACGGAUGCGGAAGGUCGUUUGACCAUGGCGGACGCCCUGGUUUACGUAGACCAGGAACUGGACUGUGACGAAAUUCUCGAGCUGUCCACACUCACCGGUGCCUGCAUGAUUUCGCUGGGCACGUCGAUUGCCGGUUUGUGGACCAACAACGACCAGCUUGCCGUCCGCUUAUUGGAGUCGUCCGCUCGGACCGGGGAAAAGAUUUGGCGCAUGCCGAUGGAAGCUGACUACCGUGACGCGCUCAAAUCCAAAGUAGCCGACUUGAAGAAUUUGGGCGCUCGCUACGGUGGGGCCAUUCACGCGGCGCUCUUUCUGCAGGAGUUUGUCGAGGGCGACAAACCCUUUGCACACGUGGAUAUGGGUGCGUUGCGCGGUGCACCGAUGGGUUUGAGUCUGUACUUGGAGUAA